CAAUACAGGAAACUUACAACAGACACUUUGUGAGGAAUUAUAUAGACCGAACCUGCUUGUGAACUUUAAUUGUCUUCAGUCUCACUGCUCAUAAACACCAUCAGGAUGUGGAUCAUAUUUUUGGCACCCUUCUUUGGUUUUCUUCCUUCAUCCAGAUCUGAGAAUUUAGUAGUGAAGUCGAGGAGCUGCAGUUAUGUUGGAGUGUUUCAUGUGGAGGCAACACAUCGCUACAAUCUGACAUUUGAGGAGGCCAAGAGCUUGUGUAAACAUCUAUCAGCUUCAUUAGCACAAUUUAAGGAGAUCCAAAAAGCUUAUGAUGCAGGAUUACAGACGUGCAGGUACGGCUGGAUAGACGACAGACGGUCAGCGAUACUUCGUCACAACCCACAUAAAACCUGUGCAGGCAACCAAGUUGGCAUCAGGUUUUUGGAAAGAAAUCAUUCUGACGCCUUCUGUUACGAUGCCAAAGAUUUGUCAGAGAAAAACUGUACAGCUCUUUCUGGCAUUUAUUUAUCUGAGAAAUCUGACCCUGGGAUGGUACCUGCAGAUCAUGAGAACUCCACGUCUGACAUUCCACCUCCGAAAGACACAAAAGCCCUCCAGUCGUCUACUGAAGUCUAUUGGACCAAUGAUGGCUCUACGUCUGUAAGUGAGAGUUCUAGAAAGGACAAUGAGACUGAUCCAUUUUACAGUGACAACUCAGAUCAUGAAAACUCCACAUCUGACAUUCCACGUCUGAAAGACACAACAGCCCUCCAGUCGUCUACUGAAGUCUAUUGCACCAAUGAUGUCUCUGUGUCUGUAAAAACCUUACAGAGUUCUACAAAGCACAAUGCGAUUUAUCCAUCUUACAGCGAGAACUUCGAUUGGCUGGUUAUUUUACUUGUAAUUUUGGCGGUUCUUCUCAUUCUGCUAUUGUGUGUUGUGGCAGCAAAAAGAAAAAGGUGUUGUGGUAGGAAACAGACUCUGGUUAUCUCAAAGGUGAGUAGAGCUGAGGGAAAUGGCACAUCAGCAUCAUUCACUCAACAGCCAGAGACAAUCAAUCUCAUGAACACUGAGAAGAUCCCUGCGAGCAACUCAGAGGUGGUCCACAUCAGUCUGAAUGAAUAGACACAGAAAACCCAAAGAAAGAAAACCAGAGAAACCUAUCAAACGACAGGGCUGCCCACUCUCACACAUUCACAAUCGACUCAGUUCUCACCUUGUCACAACACACAUCCAUUUUCUCACGCAGGGCCGUAUCAAAUACUUCUGUCAGUGCUGUGUAAGAAUAUUUGUGAAAUAACUGUAUAAAGUCCCAGCUGCACAAUUUGAGGAGGUCCAAAACGCAGCAGCGCUCUUUCAUAUAAAAACAUGUGAAAGAAGGCAGCAGACACUGUUCACGUCUUUAGAAAAGCAAUGCCACUGUCUCCAUCGAUCCAUAGCUGGUGACAAGGUGUGCAUGGGUGUGGGCCCUGGUAAGGACUCUGGCUCACAGUGGCACACUGAUGUCUUAUAUAUCUGUGAUGUGAGGGCUUUGGUGUCUUGGGCAACAUGGCCUCUGGUAUAUAUCAAGAACAGGUAGAACCGAGUAUUCUAUGACUUCAUUUUCUUAAUACUGCUAUUUAAAAUCACUUUACAUAUUCUGUUACAUAUCAGUGCAGCAAUUCACAGCAAAUGGUUCAGUUUUGAGCCAGAAACGUUUUGUAAGGCAACUGGAAAUGUUCUAAGCACUGAGUUUGUUUGUGAUGCUGGGACACGAAACAAUAAAAGCCCAUUUGUUGCUAGAUCCUGAGGAAUGAUAGCCUGACUUCCCAUCAGGGGUAGAUGUCCAUGAACUGAACCCCUCUUCUAAUCACACAUCGCUCCCCUUCAUCUCGUCAGAUCAUGACCACUGGAAAAGUGCUUACACAUUUCAUACUGUGGAUAUCAUUUAUUGUCAUGUAAUGAAGAUUUGAUCAUCAUGUUUGGUAUUGUUUUGAAGGUCUUUUUGUGAUGGGUGAAAGGGUCUAGUUCCUUCAAACCUAACUAAGAAUGUAUUAGAGCCUUUUAACUUUAGGACAUUACCUGCACUCCUCUAAGAAGUGUGGCUUUAUCAGGGAAUCCUGUUCACAGAUAGAUUGAGAUCCCAUUUGAUGAUCUCGUCAGCAACAAGAUAACAAACAAACUAAAUUUCACAACGACCAUUGAAUUCAUGAUUCUUUGUUACAUUUGGGUAUAUAAGGUGCAUUGGGAAAAGACUCAAGCACGCUUCUGUAACCAGAACUUCUCACACUGCAACUGUGUGUCUUGAUUUUGUCAGGUAUGAUAAACUUUGUGGUUUUAUUUUAUUCUUAUACUAUGUUGAUCAUCUUUGUCUAUUUAGUUUGGAUUUCCUUUGUAUGUGCAUUCCAUGAUUUUAAUUAAUGUUGUACCUGUCUGGAAUAAUAAAUUGUUAUUAUUGAUUUA